AUGUCGGCCAACUUGAAAGACAGGGCAGCCUGGGAGGCCGGUUUCCCCGGUCUGUUCUGGAAGCAAGUCUUCCACCGCGUCCCCAAGAUCCCCUCUCACAUCGACCUCCACGGUGAAACCGCCAUAGUCACCGGCUCAAGUCAAGGCUUGGGUCUCGAGUGUGCGCGGCAGCUCCUACAACUCGGCCUAAACGAGCUGAUCCUCGCUGUGCGGUCACAGUCGAGAGGCGACGAGGCCGCGAAGCAGUUGCAGGCCAAGUUCCCAGACGCGACUAUCAGGGUUUGGAUUCUUGACAUGGAGUCUUAUGAUUCUGUGAGGCAGUUUGCUUCUAGGUGCGAGACCUUGAAGAGACUUGACGUUGUUAUCCUGAACGCUGGGUGCGGCAAGGCAUCAUACCAGCGCUGUGGUGGGGACAAGGGUCGUGAGGUGACGCUUCAGGUCAACUUCCUAGCCACGAUGCUUCUGACUAUCCUUCUGGUUCCCAUAUUGAGAGAGAAGAACAGCGUCAUCUCUGGAGGGAAAAAGUUUGCCUCCACGCCUGGCCGCCUGACCAUUGUAGGCUCAGACAUGGCUCUGUGGGUGAAGAUGGAGGAGCCAGCUGGAAGUCUCCUGGACGUGCUAGACGCCGAAGAGGGCUUUGACGGAUUUGAUCAAUACGGCAAGACGAAACUCUUGCUGCCCAUGUUCAUAUCGAAGCUUGCAGAGUUCGUUUCCGCAGACGACGUCAUCAUCAACGUCGUCAAUCCCAGCUCAACCAGAGGUACAGCACUCAUGCGCGAGUCCAAAGGCCAGUACGCAGCACAGGCUUUUGUAUUUAUCACCGGGAUUAUAUUCGGAAGGAAUAUUGUCGAUGGGACGAGGCAGUAUCUGCAUUCUGCUCUGGUGCUGGGCAAGGAGAGCCAUGGGUCUUUUGGCGACUGGGUGAUUCGACCGUAUCCGCCGAUCAUGUAUACCGAGCCCGGUCAGAGGAUGACGGAGAAACUGUGGAAGGAGACGCUUGAGGAGCUGGAGAUUGGCGACAUUGAGAGGGCAGUCGCAGGAAAGAAGUGA